AUGGGCAUAGAGACGCUUCCCGAGGUCGAGGAAUCGACAGAGCCUCCUAUAUGUGGCUUGGCAGAGUCUAUUGCCACCUUCCCUGCAACUGUCAGCUCGAACUUGGAGCCGCGCGACCCUAUUGAGAAGCCUACGCCUGCAUCUAGCCAUAGUGUACCUCCCACAAAUGCUCAGGGUGCCUGGCUCAAACCUCUUGAAACAUCGAAGGACCAAGGGAACAAUGCCCACCUCGCGGAGCCUCACGAGAUUGCCGCUCUUCUCGAGACGGACCUACAGAAUGGAAUUUCCGCUACCGAAGCGGAACUUCGUCUCAAGACGGAUGGACCAAACGUGGUUCGCGAGAUCAAGGGUGUCUCCGUCUGGGGGAUACUAUUAAGACAGGUUUCGAACAGCCUCACCAUAGUUCUACUUAUAACCAUGGCUCUGUCCUUUGGAAUCGAUGACUACAUCGAAGGAGGUGUCAUCACGGCUGUCAUCUUAUUGAACAUAGUCGUCGGGUUUUUCCAAGAUUACCGAGCCGAGAUGACCAUCCUAUCUUUGCACCGCCUCUCAGCCCCUAUAUGCAAGGUUAUUCGCGAUGGCAGAGUGACUUCAGUCAAGGCCGAAUCGCUGGUAGUCGGAGAUAUAGUGAGGUUGGCAGUAGGUGAUAUCGUGCCUGCGGAUCUCCGGUUGUUCGACGGCAUGAAUGCAUCUAUGGACGAAGCUCUUUUGACGGGUGAAUCUCUUCCGAUUCUCAAAACGCCACAUACAACGUUUGCGUCGCCAAACAUCUCUAUCGGUGACCGUACCAACAUGGCAUAUUCAGGUUGUAGCACGACGCAAGGCCGAGCCACUGGUAUUGUUGUUGCAAUAGGAAUGGCGACGGAGGUGGGCAAAAUUGCAGAGCUACUUCGGGACCACGAUGCCACUGGCAACGAGAGUCUUCCUGCACGCUUCCUUAAACGCUUCAGGUCUUCAAUGGCGAAUAUCUUGGGCUUGGUAGGCACUCCGCUGCAAGUCAAGUUGAGCAAGUUUGCACUUCUGCUAUUCGCUCUAGCCAUUCUGUUGGCCAUCAUCGUAUUCUCAGUCAAUCUUUGGGAUGUUCAGGGCGAAGUUCUCAUUUACGGAAUUUGUGUCGCAGUUGCUGUCAUUCCUGAAUCAUUGAUCGCUGUACUUACUAUCACCAUUGCGGUCGGUACGAAGGCAAUGGCUAGAGGCAAUGUCAUUGUCCGGAAACUUCAAUGCCUUGAGGCCGUGGGUGGUGUUACAAAUAUUUGCUCUGACAAAACCGGUACCUUGACGCAAGGAAAGAUGAUCGCUCGUUCGGCGUGGAUCCCAGGCGCUGGAACUUUGGCCGUUCACCAGACAACUGACCCCUAUGACCCUACUAGUGGCCUUACUCAAUUGGAUGAGAUUGACUGGGAUUCAAAUCACCCAAUCGAACACAAUCCAGCCUUGAGCACCUUUCUUUCCGCUCUGGCCCUUUGCAAUCUCUCUGUUGUGCACCAUGAGAACGGGAUAUGGUCUGCACUUGGCGAGCCAACUGAAAUUGCCCUUCAUGUCUUAGCCAUGCGAUUCGAAUUUGGCAGAAAUCAAGUGAUUGACCAAAGAAAGAUUGAAUUAUACACAGAAUAUCCCUUUGAUUCGGCUAUCAAGAAGAUGUCUGUUGUUUACCGAAAUGCCACCGAGGGACUCUACGAGAUUUACACCAAAGGAGCACCCGAGGCUAUCAUACCAACACUUUCAUCAAGUGAAGGGGAAGCACAGAUUAUCCGAGAAACAGCAGAUAGGAUGGCUGGAGAAGGUCUUCGUGUCCUGUGCAUUGCCUACAAAAAGACCGCUAUUGAAAGAGAGGACCAAGUGUCCACACGCAGUACCGCUGAAUCAAGUCUUCAAUUUGGAGGUCUCGUUGGACUCUAUGAUCCUCCACGCGUUGAGACAGCAGGUGCCGUUCGCAAAUGCCAGAUGGCAGGAAUCACGGUACACAUGCUCACCGGUGACCAUAUCAAGACAGCCACGGCCAUUGCAUCGGAGGUUGGCAUUCUCAAUCCUGUCACCGCGAUGGUAAAGCCAGGAAGCUUGGUCAUGACUGCGGAUGAAUUCGAUAGGUUGAGGGAUAAUGAGAUUGAUGAAAUUCAAGAAUUGCCUCUCGUUAUUGCUCGCUGCAGCCCUGCAACCAAGGUUCGUAUGGUGGAGGCAAUGCAUCGUCGUCAAGCCUUUUGUGUCAUGACUGGUGAUGGUGUCAAUGAUUCCCCGGCUCUCAAGAGAGCGGAUGUCGGUAUAGCAAUGGGGAAAAAUGGGAGUGACGUCGCGAAAGAAGCCGCCGACAUGGUUCUCACAGAUGAUAAUUUCUCAUCCAUUGUCAAGGCCGUUGAGGAGGGUAGAAGGCUGUUUGAUAACAUCCAAAAGUUUCUUAUGCAUCUUCUCAUCUCGAACAUCGCCCAAGUCAUUCUUCUUCUGAUUGCCCUCGCCUUUAAAGAUGCUGGAGGUGACUCCGUCUUUCCCCUGUCUCCACUUGAGAUUCUCUGGGCCAACCUAGUCACAUCGUCAUUCCUAGCUGUUGGACUUGGUCUCGAAGAAUCCCAGCCCGCCAUUAUGUAUCGACCGCCUCACGACUUGCGCGUAGGAGUCUUCACGCGCGAGUUGAUUGUCGAUAAAAUUAUUUACGGCACAUGCAUGGGCUCACUUUGCCUCUUAGCAUUCGUAUGCGUCAUCUAUGCUGCUGGUGCCGGGACAUCGGAUCUCGGCGAUGGGUGCAAUCAGGGAUACAAUUCAUCUUGCGACGCCGUUUUUCGAGCGCGCGCUACAACAUACGCGACAUUGACUUUCUUGUUACUCGUGACAGCCUGGGAGGUUAAGCAUUUCUCACGAUCUUUAUUCAACAUGGACCCUAUUCGUUUCCCGCAGAAGUUUUCCAUCUUCCCUACGGUCUGGCAGAACCGGUUCCUUUUCUGGGCUGUUAUCGCUGGCUUCGUCAUUGCAUUCCCCGUUAUCUAUCUUCCGGUGAUCAACCAGGUUGUGUUCAAGCAUCAUGCCAUUACCUGGGAAUGGGGCGUCGUAUUUGGUUGCACCGCUGUGUACCUUGGCUGCGUAGAGAGUUGGAAGGCGAUCAAACGAGCAUUUGGUAUUGGGAGUGGGAAAAAUAAUAUACUCACUUUGGGCGAUGCAGAGAUGACGGCGCGUCUGGGUUCUACCCCAAUGUCAAUGAGUGCCAAUGCCAGCAUUGAAUUGAAGUGA